AUGCCCGAUUGCUCAGGCGCCUAUCUUAAAGUUAAUGUCGAUGCGGUCAUUCGCCGAUUCGGCACCGGCGAGCACCCAGUCAUUCCCCGCAAUUCGCAAUUCGCAAUCCGCAUCCCGCAGGUUGUGCAGUUCGCAGUCCCCAGUGCGCUUCUUCCACCCCCUUUCGCCCCUCCGAGCGUGCCAGGGACUAUGGACCCCAGUCCGCCAAAUGUCCAGCCGCCGCCGAGCGCAUCCCCCUCCGGACGUGCUCCGUCAUCGGCGCGGGGACCGUCCGCCGGAGGUCGUCAGAUUACUCGGAACCGAGCGAGCUACAGUUGUCACACAUGUCGCCGGCGGAAGGUCAAGUGCGAUAAGGUCCACCCAGUAUGCGGCAACUGCGCGAAGACCGGCGCCCAGUGCCUCUAUGAUGCAUCGUCAAUAUCGCAAAAGGCUGAGAGCGCGCACGAAGGACCCACUCGAUUUGGAUAUGGUGUGAAACGGAGGAGAGAGACGCCCCGAACACUUGAGGAGGACGUGGAUGAAUUGCAAUCGAUGUACGGACACUUGAAACGGGAAGGUUCACCAGGUAGCCAGAAGGCGGAUCCGCGCGCCAUUGAGGCUCGGUUGGACAAGCUGAUGUCGAUGAUCGAACGACUCGGCGGUAAUACACAAGCCCUUGAGGAAGCAGAGAGGCAGGGUGUAGCUCCGCCCAGCGGCGUGGAGUCUGCUCACCUGGAGGAACUGCGCCAGAGUGGUAGCAUUCGGAACGGACAACCAGUCUCCUCUCGGCCAUCAAGUCCACGCCGGGUUGCAGCGGAAUCGAGUGGGGAUGAGUUUCCAAUCCCAUCGGGUCAAGCGACAGAUCUUGUUGAUCCAAUUGGGAGCUUGAACCUGGGGCAUUUAAGCUUGGAAGAUGGCGGAAGGUCCAGAUAUGUCGGAACAACAUAUUGGGCUUAUAUCUCCCACGAGAUCAAUGAUCUCAAUCAGUUACUGAGAGAUCAAAAUCGGUCGCACGACGUAUCAUCAGAAAAUGCGAAUGACGGCCCCAAUGACCCUGCUAACGGGUCGCAGAGGCCGUGGAAGGAACCGAUUGAUAGCUCUGUAUACUCGGCUACCUCUCGGUCUCGAGGUGGAGCUUUCCAGCAAUCCAUCAUUCUCCCCUCUGGUGAUUCUCCGUCGGUCAAUGAGAAAGUUGUUGAGCCAGAGAUGCUUGAGCAUGUUCCUACACGGCGCCAAAGCCAUAUUUUAUACAAGGGGUUUAUGUCUGGCGUCCACGCCAUAAGCCCUGUCGUUCACCCUCCCACUAUCCUGAAGCUCUACAAUGCAUUUUGGGACUGGUAUGACUACACCAGCUACUCUGGAGAGCCGUGCCCUAACCCUUCAUUCAUACCCCUGCUGUAUGCUAUCUGGUACGGCGGUUCUGUGACCAUCUCCAUCCGGACUAUCAAGGCGGAAUUCAAUGCACCCUCACGCUUUUCACUGUCUACAAUGUAUAGCGAAGAGGUAACCCGCUGGUUGACCAAGAUCUCCUUUCCUCGCAGCCCCUCCCUUCAGGGACUAGCGGCCUAUCUCAUUGUGCAAACUAUAUUGUCAAAAGAGGAAGAGCCUCUGACGAGUAGUCUGUUUGUGAGCCUCGCCAUGAGAGUGGCUCAGACGAUGGGCUUGCAUCGAGAUCCAGCCAAGUUCGGGAUCGAGCCCUGCGAGGCAGAGUACCGACGACGACUCUGGUGGCACAUCAUGCAUAUGGACGGAGUGGUUGCAAUGUCGAGCGGGCUCCCCCCACUUGUUGGCGACGAGAAUUACUGGGACGUGGGAGAGACCAGCGAGAUCAAGGACACAUUACUAGGGACUCCAGCGGCGGAGCGAUACGAGCAACUCCUUGCCACCAACCAACGGCUACCAGAUAAUCCCGAUGAUCCAUCCGUCUGCGGUGGUCCGUCGAUGGUGAAUGUCUUCUACUUGACGACCAAGGGGAAAUACACCAUGGCUCGCGCGGUUCGGCGAAUUUUGAAGAUUCAGCUCGGCACAAAACCCGUCACCCGUAGAGAUAUGGAGGAACUGCGAGCAAUUCUUCUCGAACUCCAACUGAAACUGAACUCGAUAGUGAACAGGAUUCCCGAAGGCCAACCUACUAAUAAUGCUUCAGUAUCAUUGGGCCGGGCAUUAUCUAUGUCCAAGUCUCCUGUCGAAGCUCGAUCUACCGAAAUAGAGCUUCCAGGGGAGGGUCCGAAUGGCUGUCCCGAACAAUAUCAUACACCAGUACUUGUUUCUUUCCACAAGUGGGCGCGAAUCAUUCUGUCCUUGUAUAUUGAUAAGGCAUUUUGUGUUGCAUAUCAACCCUUUCUCAAGAAUGCGCGCAGCCGUAUCUGGCCGGCGGCACGACAAAGUGCACUUCGCCACUGCCACGGGUUCAUGGAGAAGUUCAUUCAGCUUGCGACCGACCCUGACUUCCAACCAUUCCAAUGGAGUUGGCCUGGCAAUCAUCAACCCAUGCACGCGACAAUGAUCAUGCUCAUUGAUCUGUACGAACGGCCGUACAGCCCUGAAGCUUCCAAAUCGCGUGCCUUUAUCGACCGAAUAUUGGCUCUGUCUGGGCCAGAUGGAGGUGUCGUGGGUGGCGAAGAUGGUAUAUCCACCCAACGGCCGCUUAAAGAUGGCGGUCGUGAAGCUUGGGACAUGAUCCGCCGCUUACGCCAGAAGGCAUGGCAAAAGGCUGGUUUGAACCCGCAACUGCUUUGGACCGAGCAAGAUCAAAUCCAGGCGGGCAUAGCAUCGCCAGCAGGGGAAAAUCGCGGUUCAUGCUACUCAGGGACAUCUUCUGUGCCUGGAUCACCCAUGAUCUCAGCCAUGCCUCCACGUCAACCCUCUGCUCCCGAUCGCCAACUAGCCGAGUUCAACCGCAUGUUCUACAGCAUGACUCGUUCUCACAUUCGUCCUAACCCUGCAGUAUCCGCCGCCUCUGUCAGGCCCAGUCCCCUUCGAUACUCAUACCAACUGCCCCCACCAUACCAAACUUCCGACCCACUUCCAACUCCACAAUACGACCCCACGCCCGCAGCCGUCACUCUCCCAGCUGCCAACACUCUAGCUACGUCCGCCACCAUGGUAACUUCUCCCGAAGUGGCAUCAUCUCUCGAGUCAACCCCCUCCUCGACUCACUCUGCAGCUGCCCCUUCUGCAGCUCCAGUCGCUCGACCUCAACAAAUCCUCUCCCAUAUCGCUGCAUCUCCAGGCAUGUCUUUUAUGGAUCCAGUUACUCCCAAUUCACCCUCAAUGGGCGUUCCCACUCCGCCAUCUAUGGUCGAUCCUAAUCUGAACUUUGAUUGGGAUCAAUGGGAUGCUGUCUUUGGACAGCACCUCCCAGUUGCUGAUGAGCUCAUGGAAUUGGACCCUGUUUCCGGGCUGGAAUUUGCCAACCUUAGGGUUCCUGCUGCUAACGCCGACGAUGGCAUUCUUUACAAUGGCCAGCUGGGGGCACCUUCACCUGUUGAUGUAAACAUUCCGCCAGCUUGGACAGACAAUGUCUCGGGGAAUGUCGGAGUUCCAUCCAGUGAUUGGACGGAUUAUUACUAG